ACACAAUCUUUGCCAAUCUCAACACCUGCAAUCUGAUUCCCUCUUCUUCGUCAACCCAAAGCUUUGCAUUAUGCAACAACACGCCAUGCAAAGGCAAGCUCUGAUUCAGAGGAUUGAGGCUGAUGAGAGGACGAUGACGCCCGGAGUUCUCCAGACCUCUGUGAUGGCCGAUUCUCACCAAGCCCCCUAUGCUUCCGAUCCUAAUUCGAUCAAUGUGGGCAAUUUGCCUCAAACUUACCAACCGACAAUUCGGGAAUCGGAACUUACCUCUAGGAUUCUAGACCUCAUGACGAGUGAAGAUGGGAGCUUAAGGUUUCAAAGGUCAUUGCUUGGCCAAGGCUUCGUUUAUCCACUCGAUCUUGUUCAGUACAUUAUGCAACAUGGAUAUAUACUUAUCAUCGCGGCCAAAGAUGAUUACGGAAUUGAGUCCGUUAAGGUGUUUAUUGAUUUUGUCAAGCAAUAUCCUCAUAUGUUCAAUUGGGUCACCUCCGCUCUCGAAGAAAAUGUGGUUGAGCUAAUGAUGCAUCCUACUGCCUCUAAACUCAUCCUAUAUUGUCUUAGAACCCUAAGUUACAGGCAGAAAUUGUUCCUGUUCCAAGCAGCCACGAGGAAUUGCAAGAAACUUGGAAAGAACGCUAUCGGAAAAGUCAUCCUCGAAGAAUGCAUCAAGUUCUCGCAAGAUUCCCAGCGACGAAAUAUUUUGAACAGACUUCUGUACCACGCUCUGACACUUUCAAAAACCUCCAAAGGGAAUCUUGUGCUCCAGUUUGCUCUUAAGAUUGGUGAUCAAGAGUUUGAUAGAGAUAUAUGCAGAGUGUUGAAGAAUCACUUGGAGGAUUUGUCAACGGAUGAAAAUGGGAGUUACGUGAUAGAAGCGUGCCUCAAAUCAUCAGGAGGUGAAGAACUAGUUCGAAAACUCGCAGGGCUUGAAAAGAAUGAACUCGAAAGACUCGUCACAGAUAGAUAUGCCAACUAUAUUAUCCAAACUGCACUCAAGAUCAGCAAGGGAACUUCACUUUACGAUGAAUUAGUUCAUGCAAUCAGAGGACUCUCUGAAGAACUGCGGGAGGAAAAUUUUUAUGCCACCAAGGUGUUCCGCUGCAUUGGAUCUUUAGAACGAGAGAUCAAGAGCAAUCACUGAAGCUAUGGAGGCAGGAUUACGUCGUGUUGGAUAAUUACUCUCUGUUGCUAUUUCUUAAUAUGUUUUUUUUUGUUGUCGUUUGGUUUUGUUUUUCUAGCGCAGGCCUUUAGUAUGUAUGUGUAUGUGUAUUCAUGUAGGCUGUGCAUGUUUGUGUCAGAAUCACUGUGGUUGUUCAAGAGCUAAUAGUAUGAUGUUUUUAUUUUCAUUUUCAAUUUUUGAUUGAUGGUAUAAAAGU